AUGGCGCGCAAGCUUCAGGAAGCCGAGGAGACGAUUGAGCGCCUUCAGGGUGGUGACAGCUCCACGAGUCAGAACAUGAGAGCUUCCAUUGCCGAGAGUGUAGCUCCCGCAUCAAGCUCCUUCGCUGCUGAAGACCUGUCAACACGAUUGCCCUUAUCAUCAGGGCUCAACAUAGAGCCCAUAGUCCUGGAAACAUCGUCUGUCACACAUCAAAGCCGCCUCCAAGAUCCUCCUCGACCAACCACAGGUAUCGACGGUGCGUCGCAAGACGGAUUAGCGAUAGAUCUCAGCGUGGAUGAACAUGGCAAGAUAUGCUAUUACGGUCCUACAUCUGCUGUUCAUGAGCCUCUGGGUCUCGCAUCGCCAUCUCCAAACUCGAUGAGUCGCGGGGACGGAUCUAAGAGGACUGACGUCCGCGCUUACCUGGUAUCGCGAGCUCGAGAAUCGACCAUUUGGGAGGACUUUGCGCUUGGGAAUACAUCGCUCCAACUUGGAUUGCCUCGACAGGUUAUGGCAAAGCUCCUUCACCUGCACUGGACCUGGGUUGCUCCCAUGUUUAUGUGGGUGUACCGGCCGGCAUUCAUGCGUGACAUGACGACCGGCGGCCGUUACUACUCUGAGCUUCUCCUCCUCGUGCUAUGCGCUCAUGCCUCGAAAUACUACGACAGUAACCAUGCGCAACUACUCUUCUCCCGUGUUAGAUUCCUCCUCGGUGACGAAAUACAGAAGCCCAGUUCUAUACCUACUAUCCAAGCUCUUUUGCAAUUGAGUGCCCGGGAACUCGCUCAAGGCUCCAUCUCCCAAGCAUGGCUUUAUAGUGGGAUGGCCUUCAGAAUGUCAGCCGACCUUGGAUUGCAGCAUAAUGGGCCUGACAUAGCCGACCUCAAGGGACUGGACCCAGUAGACUUGGAAAUCCGAAAGAGGCUAUUCUGGAGCUGCUAUUUCUGGGACAAAGAUAUCAGCCUCUACACAGGGAGACUUUCCAUGGAUGACUCUGCAGAGUCUGAUGUAUGGUCGCCAUACUACGAAGACACUUCACCACUUACUCGACUAGCACCGAGUCAAUACCCCAGGAUGAAAAGUCACGCUGUGUCAUGCUUCGCAAACUCGUGUAAACUAUCUGUCAUCAUCAAUGACAUAAUAGUACAACUCUACUCAAAACGAAGCAGAGCUAUAACCGAGUCGUCGUUGAACGAUAUCAAAGCACGUCUUGAGACAUGGCGUGCUAAGUCGCCGGUGCAUCUGCGUUAUGACCCAGAGUAUCUACCCAACAUAUGUCCGCCUCCUCAUAUUAUUUCUCAGAACCUCCUUUACUUCAGCACGGUCAUUCUCGCCCAUCGCCCAUUCUGGUCAGCGCCAGCCUACUACCAAGUCUGCAUGAGCGCAGCGCUUAGCAUGGAGAAACUCCUCUUGAUGCUUGAAUCAACCUUUGGCUUCGAGAACAUCACGUAUCUCAUGGGCUAUUGCAUCUACACAGGUGCUUCAGCUGUGCUCGAAGAUGCGAAGAACAAUGACGGUGCAACGCAUCCCACUAUGCAGACCUUUCUCAGAGCGCUCAGUCGUGGCAUGGCAAAAUGUCCGCUCCUUAAGCGCAGCUUGCACAUCAUCAUAAAGGGCCUGAAGAGGACGCCAGUUCAACGGCCAGCACCUGAUCAGUCGUUAUCCGACAACACGGUCACUGCUACCAUGAACAGCUACAUCCCAGCCUUUCCGUAUCUUGACCCCGUAAGCCCGAAUGACUUUGACAUGGAUGCGUACUUGAAUAGCAUGAGCAUGGAUGCCAUGGCCUCGUUGGACUGUUACCCAGAGCUACAAAUUGAUCUUGAUGAAAUGAUGAGACAUGCACCGGCUUAG